CUUUGGCUAACAUGCUAAAGUCUGCCUGUAUGUACAGAGUCUGCAUGGACUGGCAGCAGCUGCACUAAACUGCAGCAUGGCGUCCUGUUCUCUGGGCAGCAGAUUGGUGGCGUGUCUUCUCAACGUGUCCGAGGCUCGCAGGAAAGACCUGGUGGAGACUGUGGCCAAGGCAGCCUUAUUCAACACUGAGGGUGUUAGACGAGAGGGGACCACAGUGCUGAACAUCUUUAAUGACCAUGAUUACAACCGUUCUGUCAUCACCAUUGUGGCCAGCAUCGACUCUAUCAGAGAGGCGGUGCUCGCUGCCUGUGAGAAAGCCUGUGGGCUCAUAGACAUGCGUGAUCACUCUGGGCUUCACCCGCGUAUGGGUGCCGUCGACCUGAUACCCAUUUACCCCCUGGGGGAGGAGGUGGAAGUAGAGCACUGUGCUGAAGAGGCUCGGGCUGUGGCUCAGGGACUCACAGAGAGGGUCCAGGGAACCAGUGCUUUCCUGUUUGGCUGGGCAGACUCCCCCCUUCACCGGGGGCUGGCACAGAGGAGGAAGGAGAUGGGCUGGUUCAAGAAAAAGCCAGACAUGCAGACAAUGGUGCCCGAUAUAGGGCCGCAGCCACAGGCACAGUUUGGCCUCACAGAGCUCCAAGCAUUGGGAAGGUCGGGAUUAGAUCGUGGAUACCAGAGAAGAUCAUCAAGAGAUGAUGGCAUGUUCGACAGUUUGAAUAAGCCACACACCCUCCACCAAAAUAACCAAUAUCUGCCCAGCGAAGCAGAUGUUCCCCAGCCCGGACCUCUGAUGCAGACGCUAUGGGUGGGGGCCAGCCCUUAUGUUAUGAACUGCAACGUCACUAUUGACACCCAGGACUUGGCCUUAGGACGCAGCAUCGCCACAGCUAUCAGGGAGUCGACCCCCGGGGGGCUGCCCGGGGUGCAGGUGCUGGCCCUGCCACAUGAUGGCGCUGUGGAGAUCGCAUGUAAUGUGGAAAGCGUGAAAGGGCACUCCCCUGGCUACAUGACUGCAGGUGAACCAUGGCCGAGUUUCAGCAUCCAGGGCCAGCCGUACUGUCAUGCUCCAGCUUCUCUGAUCACCGCAAGAGUAGCGGAGCUGGCAGGGAAGCAGGGGAUUGGUGCAAAGAGCACUGCGCUGGUGGGGUUUACCCCCCGCGAGUGCAGGGGUCUGGCAGAAAUAGCGCUGUCACAAGGGAUUGCUGAGUUCUGGAAAGAGCAGCACAGGAUCAGAAUGUGAAAAUAAAUCAUUGCCAAAAACUUGAAACCUCACGCUCAAGUAAAUCAUCUUUAUUUUAUGUAAUAGUAAUUUGUUAAGCCCCGCCCCCUCUGUUAUAUUGCUAAACUUGUCAAGCUUCCCUAUGAUGCAUGUUUGCAGAUUAAUGUAAUGGUGGCAGAUUUACCUUAAAUUCUUAGUUAUUGUUUAAUCAAUAGAUCUUUUAUUUCACACAGAAAAAGCUAAAUAUAUCUUUCUAGCCAAAUGUUAAUAGUUGAUUUUAUCAUCUGUCAGCUAACCUGUUAUACUUUAAAGGUCUCCUAUUAUGCUAAAUUUGAACAAUAUGUUAUAAGGCCAUAUCUACAUAACUUGUCUGUGAAGUGUUUUGCUCAAAAUACAAACAGAUCCCCCAUUGUAGCAUGCCUCAUCCCCCUCUAUUUCAGCCCUGUUCCUGAAGUGCUGAUUCUGUGACUGUAGCUUUAAAUGAACUAGCUGCUGCUGGCCACGCCCCUUUGGAGCUGCUGCUGGCCACGCCCCUUUGGAGCUGCUGCUGGCCACGCCUCUUUGGAGCAUCAUGAUCUCUCCUCUGAAGAGAGUUUUCUACUGGGAGAAACUCAGCUAAACGCUGCCGUGAUUAAACGCUAUGUUAUGUUCCAAACCACAUCCAGCAUUAUUCUGAAACACUUCUCAGUGUUUACCACUAGAACAGAGACAUUGUAUGUAUUAUAUACACAACAACUCUAAGUCCCUCCUGACAUCCUGCUGAACACACACACACACACAGAGGUGCUGCGGAGGGGAUUCAGCUCACUGACUGUAUAUGGGGGACGAUAGGUUGGGACGUGUCACGUGGGCGGGACGUUGCCAGGAGUUCAAUGUAAAGCCAGCUCACAUUUCGGUUAUGACAUCAUAACCGAAGCAAAUCUGGAUCAGCUCGUUUGUACCCCCAUUUUUAGAGAUGUAGGUAAGGAGGAAAAGAGAGAGGGUUGUAUUUUCUGACACUUUGUGAGUCUACUUACACACCGGGGACACAUAUUUAUGUAUAAAAGACAGCAAAAAGUACAUUAUGCAUAAUAAACCUUUAAAGCAGGAAAACAGGCCAAGUUAUACAGAAUGUUUCAAUGAGUAAAUAUGUAUACAAAUAUAAAGUAUAUAUGAAAACAACCAGUGCUGAUGAAAAGCACCAGAGGGUGGAGAACGGGACACUGGGCCAGGCACUAUCAGCAUUGCAAACAAGAAAAUGCUAGCUAGUUGGUUAGCAAGCUGCAAUAGUAAUUCACUGUUAUUGUGAUAUUAAUUGAGAUGCUAAUUCUGGCUAGCUAAAUGUACUUAUUUGCAGUAUGAUCAGUGUCUCAUUACAAAUAUGGAGAAUAUUUGCUCUUCCCCUACAACUCACCUGUCUGAUCAGGGCCUUUCUAAUCUCUUGCAGCUGAGAUUUGGGUUUUUAUUUAUUUUCUACCAAACCAAGACCAAAAGCCCUAAAUCCCAGCAUGUCAUCCUCCAGGGUGGAAUUUGAAUGCGUCUGUCGUUUCCUGUUUGGAGCCAAUAGGACACUUGGUUUUACUGAUGAGUCUCUGCUGAUGACUCUUCCCUUGAUGCAUCAGCCUUACCAUGACUCUAUGAGAGAAUCACCAUCUGUGUGUUAAACAGCUAUUUUUAUCACAAGUCAUGAACUGAAUCUUCAACAAGCAUCCAGCGCUGGAUGUGCAGCCCUGUUUCGAAAUGUCUAAUUUUGUAUUGUAUAAUAUAAUAGUUUAAAUAAAGCAUCUUGUCAAUCCUG